AUGCCGAGCUUUCCGUUCUUCAACUCUUCGAAACGCAAGGAGAAGCGUGCUUUCUCCAACGCUUCUCAAACAUCUUCGGCAGCCUCAUCAUCUGCCUUCUCGUCGCGCUCAAAUACUCCUGAUCUUAUCCCUCCCACCUUCCCGCAAUUCGCCCGACGUGGCUCUGAGCCCGCAACUCCACAGUCCCAUGGACUUCGCUCACGUCCACCACCGAUCGUCCACUACACCCCUGUCGGACCUUCAAUCGGCACUGGCCCGUCUGGAGCAGUCCUACAGAGUCCCCGCUUGACAAGGCGUGGGUCGGACAAUGUAACGACUUCGCCAAGGAAGCGUUUGCUUCUGCCCGUUUCCCCUGCUCGUGUACUUUCGCCUCCCCUACCGCCCCAUCCAGCAGUCGCAUCCUCGUUAACCCCACCGCAAUACGCGGCCGGAUACGCAGGGUCGUUCAACCAGCCGCGGUCGUUGACCCCAACACCAGAACAGCUGCGGUCGCGUUCCUUCGGGAUGCAGGCAGAGAUGACGCCGCGUUCGGUACUGUCCGCCAGCGGCCCUGCUCGCACACCCACUCGUCCACCUCGGCUUGAUCUUGAUGAGUAUGACGACGAUUUUCUUGCUCCUCCGCCUCGUCGAUUGUUCGUGGGUGCGCCGACGAAGGUUCCCGAACUUGACGAGGUCUGGUCUGUAUUCUUGGAAGAUGCCGAAGAAGACGCGGACAGUCUAAACGAACUGCCCCCACAACCACGGCGGCGCGCGCGAUCACCGGUACCGCCUGUUAUCAACGUGAUCCAAGCGACUGAGCCUGCCGAUCCCGCGCCUGUACCACAACGUCCCAACGGCCUUAUGCGCGCGUUCAGCGAGCCACCCACGCGCGCGUUGCCUUCCACUCCUUUGCAGGAGUCGUUUUCCUUACAGGCCUCCCCGGAAAUCAUCAGUAAGCCCAUAACGCCGCCAGCAACACCUGCUCAUCCUAGGUAUCGCGUGCCGUCUCUUUCUCCCCUCGAAGCACUAGACGUGUCGCUGUCAAUGGCGCGUGGUUUUCCUUCGGCGGGGUCGAAGUCCAGCCUUGCCUCCGGGCUGUCGUCAGCACCGAGCACACUUUCGGUAAUGAGCUUGCAAGACGCGCUCAACUAUUCCAUCUCCCUGUCCGCAUUUCCCAAACCUCCCGCAUUGGAUGCCGUCCAGGAAGAGGCGGUGCACAAGGUUGAGGUUGAAGGCGAAUUGGUCGAGCUGCCAUAUUUGUCGCACCUCCCAACUCCGCCCAUCUCUCCACCUGCUCUCGUCUCGAUCGGCAGGACUGGCACGCUACGUGCUCGCGCGUCGACACCCACCUUCAACCAAGGUCGCAUCGCCAUACCGUCCUUCGGCACCAUCAUGGACGCGUCAAAAACGCUGGAGGAACCGGCACCGAUUGACGAUAGAGAAUCUUCGUCGGACGAGUCAUUUGCCCUGUCACAGUUCUCCCCCUCGAGCGCGAAUAGCAGCGCCCACCAUCGUAGAACGGUCGACAGAAACGAUUCGUUCUCUUCCAUUUCCUCUGCCUCCGAUGUGGUCCAGGACUUCUCCGACGACGAAGAUGAUUGCCAAUCGACAGACCCAUACGAUGAGCACACCCUGCACAUCAUGCCCCGUGGUUCGCCAAGGCCGUCCUUCGAAUUCGAUGAGGUCCAGCCUCAACGCAGGGACUCGUUCGAGUUUGACGACCCACAGCCGAUGAAAAAGGCCCCGACUCGUCCUGUGACCCCGAUGAUGGUUUCGAAGGAGAGGAUGCAGAUGGAUUUGCCAACUCUGCCCUUUGUGACAAACAUGGACAUCGGUUCUCUAACGCCAAAGGUGUCGGCUAACCGGUCUCCAUCUCUGUUCCAUGUUGGCUGGUCUCCUGCACCGGGGACCGUCGAAUACGGGUAUGCUGUGUGA